AUGCCUUCUCUCGACAACUCUGUCACUGUAAUCUCCAGAAGCAAAGUCUUCCCUGAUCGAAAGUCAACUCUCGUUGACCUCAAACUCUCCGUCUCCGAUCUCCCCAUGCUCUCUUGUCACUACAUCCAGAAAGGAUGUCUCUUCACGCGCCCACACCUCCCUCCCCACGCGCUUCUCUCUCACCUCAAACACUCUCUCUCUGCCACCCUCUCUCACUUCCCUCCCCUCGCCGGCCGCCUCUCCACCUCCGGCGACGGCCACGUCUUCCUCUCCUGCAAUGACGCCGGCGCCGAUUUCGUUUUCGCAUCCGCGAAAUCUGUUCGCGUCAGUGACGUCGUCGGCGGAAUCGACGUUCCACACGUCGUGAAAGAGUUUUUCUCAUACGACAGAGCGGUGAGCUACGAGGGACAUAACAGACCGAUCCUCGCCGUUCAGGUGACGGAAUUGGUCGACGGCGUUUUCAUCGGUUGCUCCGUUAACCACGCCGUGGUGGACGGAACAUCGCUGUGGAAUUUCAUUAAUACGUUCGCUGAGGUGUCAAGAGGCGCUGAGAAUGUGACACGUCAGCCUGAUUUUACGCGGGAGUCUGUGCUGAUCUCACCGGCUGUGCUCAAAGUACCUAAAGGUGGGCCCAAGGUGACGUUCGACGAGAACGCGCCGUUACGAGAACGGAUCUUCAGUUUCAGUAGGGAACAGAUUCAGGAGCUGAAAGCGAUGGUGAACAAGAAGAGAAACUGGACGGCUGUUAACGGCGAGAUAAACGACGUUGAGGUGAUGGGGAAGCAAAGCAACGACAAACUUAACGGAAAAGAGAACGGUAGACUGACGGAAAUGCUGGAGAGUCUGUUAGGGAGAAACGACGCCGUUUCGAAGACAGUGAACAAAUCCGUUAUUGCGGUUGAGAUCUCGUCGUUUCAGUCUCUCUGCGCGUUGCUCUGGCGAGCGAUCACUCGAGCAAGGAAGCUUCCGAGCUCUAAAACGACGACGUUUCGGAUGGCGGUGAACUGUCGCCACCGGUUGAGUCCUAAGCUGGACCCGGAAUACUUCGGAAACGCGAUCCAGAGCGUUCCUACAUUUGCGACCGCGGGAGAGGUUCUGUCUCGGGAUCUCCGAUGGACCGCUGAUCAGCUCAACCAGAGUGUGGCGGCUCACCAAGACGGGAGAGUUCGAAGCGUUGUGGCGGAUUGGGAGGCGAAUCCGAGGUGUUUUCCUCUCGGGAAUGCCGAUGGAGCGUCCGUUACCAUGGGUAGCUCUCCUAGAUUUCCGAUGUAUGAUAACGACUUUGGUUGGGGAAGGCCGGUGGCAGUUAGAAGCGGGCGGUCGAACAAGUUUGACGGGAAGAUCUCGGCGUUUCCGGGGAGAGAAGGAAAUGGAGGUGUUGAUUUAGAGGUGGUUCUAGCGCCGGAGACAAUGGCUGGCAUAGAAGCUGACGGAGAAUUUAUGCGAUACGUAUCAAAAAAUUGA